AUGGCAGACGAACAAUCUCCCCUCAUGCUUAUCCCAAGCGAAAUCCGGCUCGCCAUAUACCAGCUUCUUCUCAACGACAACGGCAACAAGACACUCGAGAUUCGAAAUGAAGACCCCGAAUCAUACAAGCGUCACGAUAUUCCAAGUCGCACCAGCUACCGAAUCAUUGGACGGGAUCUAACACGGCGAAGUCAAUCAACCACCUACCACCUAACCACCAACACCGAAAUGCAUACUUCCAUUAUGGGCGUCAAUCGCAAGAUCUACGAAGAAACCUCUUACUUGCUGUAUGGCUCUCAUACAUUCAGCUUCGGCCGAGAUAUCGAAGCCAUGGUACCCUUCUUCUCAAACAUGACGAAGCAAACCAGACCCCUCCUACAUGAAAUCGCCCUCGUCAAACAGGGCUCCGUGUACACCCGAGACUACGAUCGCUGCGAGUGGAGAAACCUGUGCGAGUUCCUGAGCAAUGAUAUGCGCAUUGGGAGCUUGAGAUUGGUAGUCGAAGGAGGACGUCCGAGUCUUGGUUGGGAUAACCUCCCACAAUAUACAAUGGCAGACUUCAAGACUCUAGCACAUGUGAAGUACGAGUCGCUGAAUUGGGUCUGGGAGUUGCUGUCGAUCAAAGGAAUUCGGAGUCUGGAUGUGUCUUCGGAAAUUCAUCACUGCCCGCCAUCACACUCGAGCGCAAUGGAGCUCUUCGCCGCAUUUUCCGCGUCUAUUGAGAAAGGUUUUGCAGACUUUCUGCGGUCAGAGAUGCUGGUUCAAAGGUAA